AUUGUGGAGUGUGUAUUGGGGCUGGAUCAGGCUGACGAACAGAAAAUGGCUACCGGGUUUAACUGGUUUCUUGUGUUGAGCUCUGUGUUUUUGUGCAACCUCGUGAAAUCGUCCCUGCCGUCCAUUUCUUCAUGUCUGUCAAAGCUCUUUCAGAAAGAUGCUGAACAGGAGACGGAGAUGCGGACGGAGAUCCAGAGCAUGCGGAUGGAGCUUUCCACCGUCAGUAUGAUGGAUGAGUUUGCCAGAUACGCUAGAUUGGAGCGCAAGAUCAACAAAAUGACGGAUCGGCUAAAGACUCUAGUCAAAUCCAGAACUGCACAGCAGGCAAAAAUGAAGUGGAUUGUGAAUAUUGCAUUUUACAUUCUCCAGGCAGUGCUUAUGAUCUCUCUCAUAUUGAAGUAUUAUGCAGACCCAGUUACAGUGGUGCCCAGUAAAUGGAUUUCUCCACUAGAGAGACUGGUAGCUUUUCCAUCUGGAGUCACAGGUGGUGUUGGAAUCACAUGCUGGCUAGUUGUCUGCAACAAGGUGGUUGCCAUUGGUCUACAUGCUGUCAGUUAAACCAAGUUACCUCGGUGUUGUUUCAGUGUUGUCGCAAGAUAAUUAUGCAGUGACUGGAUCUUUGGUACUUGCUUAAAGUUUGUAUCAAGUUCCAUGUGAAAUGAUGCCAUUGAUUUUUAACCACUGCUCAUUAUAGGUCUGUAAUAUAUUGCUUUUAAAAAUACAAAUGUUGCAAACAUGUUAUUUCUUUUCUGGUUUAAAUAUGUUCUAUUGUCAUAUAUUUUGAUUUCAAAUUGUGACCAACAAAAUGUUAUAAUUUAUUAUAAUUAAUUGUACUGUAUAUUUGGAUUUCUUUUUACAUUUGUUUGUCAAAGCCUGUACCACCAAUAUUUAUUCCACUGUGUUUGUCCAUAUCCAUGCAUUAAAAUGUGCAAAUG